UGGCUGUAUUUGCGGGCCCGGAAGGAACGGGAGCGACGGGAGAAAAGGCAGCGGGAACUGCGAGCUUUGGCGCUGGGGCAAGGCAACUUCCAGCUGGUGGAUCACCGCGGGCAGCCCCGCUGCAAAGCCGACUUCCGCGGCCAGUGGGUGCUGCUUUACUUCGGCUUCACGCAUUGCCCCGACGUCUGCCCGGACGAGCUGGAGAAACUGAGCCGGGUGGUGGAGCUGUUGGACCGCGACGCGGCUCUGCCCCGGGUGCAGCCGCUUUUCAUCACUGUGGAUCCCGAGCGGGACGAUGUGGCGGCGGUGGGACGAUACGUGCGGGAUUUCCACCCGCGGCUGCUGGGGCUGACUGGGAGCCCUGAGCAGGUGAGGGCGGUGAGCAGCGCCUACCGUGUCUACGCCAGCGCCGGGCCCAAAGAUGAGGAUGGUGAUUACAUUGUGGACCACACCAUCAUCAUUUACUUACUGGGCCCCGACGGGCUCUUCCUGGAUUACUACAACCGCAGCAAGACGGCUGACAAGAUCGCUGAGAGCGUGCGGAGACACAUGGAGAGCUAUGAGCCACUCUUUGACUGAGUUUGCAGCCCUGCCAGGACAGGGGCAGCCCCCAAAGGGACUCUUCUUGCUUCCAUAACCCACCUACCCACAGGGACACUUUGUUCACGUCACCAAAAACAAGGCCGACUUUACCAAAGUUGAGAGGUUUAUUGCUGAGAGAGCAAGGGGAGCCCUGGUGCUGUGGGAUCAUAGGGGAUGGGGGCUGUACAAAGUGGAUGGGGGGGGUAUAUGGGACGAGGGCUUCAUUGGCAGGCUGAGGGGGCCAUAUAGGUGCGGAAGCGCUCGUGUGCCCGCUCCCGCGUCAGCAGCCGCAGCCGUACU